AUGAUGCCGUUUCCAGUGACAACCCCGGGACCACAGCAGCCGCCACCCAAGCUCUACGGCAUCUCCUCCCCCAUCAGUUUAGCCGCCCCCAAGGAGACAGACCACAUACUCACCCAGAAAUUAAUUGAAACCCUGAAGCCCUUUGGGGUUUUGGAAGAGGAAGAGGAACUGCAGCGCAGGAUUUUAAUUUUGGAAAAAUUAAAUAAUCUGGUAAAGGAAUGGAUACGAGAAAUCAGUGAAAGAAAAAGCCUUCCACCAGCUAUAAUUGAGAAUGUUGGAGGCAAAAUCUUUACAUUCGGCUCUUACCGAUUGGGAGUGCACACGAAAGGUGCCGACAUAGAUGCGCUGUGCGUUGCGCCAAGACAUGUUGAUCGGAGUGACUUUUUCACCUCCUUCUAUGAUAAGUUGAAACUACACGAAGAAGUAAAAGAUUUAAGGGCUGUUGAGGAGGCAUUUGUACCAGUUAUCAGAAUGUGUUUUGAUGGCAUAGAGAUUGAUAUUUUGUUUGCAAGAUUAGCACUGCAGACUAUUCCAGAAGAUUUGGACCUAAGAGAUGACAGUCUGCUUAAAAAUUUAGAUAUUAGAUGCAUAAGAAGCCUUAACGGUUGCCGGGUAACUGAUGAAAUCUUACAUCUAGUCCCAAACAUUGACAACUUUAGGUUAACACUCAGAGCUAUCAAAUUGUGGGCUAAAUGCCACAAUAUCUAUUCCAACAUAUUAGGGUUCCUAGGAGGUGUUUCCUGGGCCAUGCUGGUAGCAAGAACUUGCCAGCUUUAUCCAAAUGCGGUAGCAUCGACUCUCGUCCGGAAAUUUUUCUUGGUGUUUUCUGAAUGGGAGUGGCCAAAUCCAGUGCUACUGAAAGAGCCUGAAGAACAAAAUCUUAAUUUGCCUGUAUGGGACCCAAGAGUAAAUCCGAGUGAUAGGUACCAUCUUAUGCCCAUAAUAACACCAGCAUACCCACAGCAGAACUCCACAUACAAUGUGUCUGUUUCAACAAGGAUGGUCAUGAUUGAGGAGUUUAAACAAGGACUUGCUAUCACACAUGAGAUUUGGCUGAGUAAGGCAGAGUGGUCCAAACUUUUUGAAGCUCCAAGCUUUUUUCAAAAGUACAAGCAUUAUAUUGUACUUGUGGCAAGUGCACCAACAGAAAAACAACGCCUAGAAUGGGUGGGCUUGGUGGAAUCAAAAAUCCGAAUCUUGGUUGGAAGCUUGGAGAAGAAUGAAUUUAUUACACUGGCUCAUGUGAAUCCUCAGUCGUUUCCAGCACCCAAAGAAAAUUCUGACAAGGAAGAAUUUUGUACAAUGUGGGUGAUUGGGUUAGUGUUAAAAAAACCAGAAAAUUCUGAAGUUCUCAGUAUUGAUCUCACAUAUGAUAUCCAGUCUUUCACAGAUACAGUUUAUAGGCAAGCAAUAAAUAGUAAGAUGUUUGAGAUGGAUAUGAAAAUUGAUGCGAUGCAUUUAAGAAAAAAGGAACUUCAUCAGCUACUACCUAAUCACGUACUUCAGAAAAAGAAAACACAUUCCAUGGAAGAUGUCAGAUUGACAGCUUUGAAUGACAGCAGUCUCGACUCGUCUGCAGACAGUGAAAACAGCAUGUCUGUGCCUUCGCCUGUGAGUGCCAUGGAGACUGGCCCAGUGACUGACUCCUCUCAGGGCAGAAACAGUCCUGUUCUGGCUGUAAUGGCAGCAUCUGCGACAAACGUACAGAUGACUGAAGUUUCCUUGCAGCAAGUGAAUCCCAGUGAGAACUCAGGGGGUGCAUUGAGUGAAAGCAUUCCUCAGACUGCCUCACAAGCAGCCAUUUCUCUGCCACCAAAGCCCACAAUCACUAGACUUGUUUCUUCAACACUUCUGGUAAACCAUCCACCCAGGCCUUCAGGGAGUGCAGCCACAAACAUAGCUAAUCCUAUAGUAGGAGUCUAG